GGCCCCGCCUCCAGAUGACAUCAGUGCUGUAGUGAAGCAGACCUAGAAGCAGUUACAACUCCACAUUUGUAUUGAGGACUCCUUAGCGGAUCCGCGCUCCAGCCGUUCGUCGUGUUCUGCACAACUCCUAGAAUGUGUGUAUAAAAUGCGUAAGCAUUAGUAAAUAUACCAACGAGAACUUACAUCAGAGGUAGCUCCUGAAUUGGGCUGUCUGGAUCUGAAUUUAAACCCCAAUAACCUGGAUUGGAUUAUUUCAUUUACUAGUGUUUCAUUUUUGUGUUGCCCUAAAAGCUAUUUUAAGCGGAUACCAGUUUUGGGGUUGAUUGUAGAGGGGUCUAACCAAACUGUGGGGAUGGAAGUGAGAAAAUAACAGCCAAGCUAUGGAUUUGUGAGUGGGACUGUGCCAAAGAGGACAACUAACCCCGGCCCUGUUGACAUAGGCUGCGUGCUUCAAGGACAGGGACCCGGGCCACUGGAUUACUGUUUUUCGACGGGCUCAAGGAGGCAGAAGAGGAUUGUGCUUUAGCCGGAAGACCUGGAGUAUAACAAGCCAAACAGGCCUGGACUGAGGCCUGUGGCACAGGACGCCGGCAUGGUUCAGCCCAGCUUUGUGUCCACUCACCAUGACUGCUAGGGCAGAGGAGCUAAAGGAUAUUUUGCUGCAGCUAACCCCUGUUUACAGAGGAACAAAUAUCAAGCGGCCCAAAAACUAAUUUGGGGACAAGGCCUCGCACACGAAAAAAAGGUUUUCGAAAGCAUCAGGAAUUUUAAUAUUCUCUGGUGAUUGCAUGUUUUUGUCCCCGAGUGUGGAUGCCUUUUCUCUGGGCUUAUCUGCCAUGGUAAAAGCUUUGAAAGCAUGAGCUCCUGACAACAGAGUCGAGGUCAUCGACUGAACAAGGAUCCAGCUCAGCAAACAUUGACCUGGUCGGGAUAUCCUGAUAAACCCCCAUCCUUCGAAACUUUUUGCUUUUGAAGAGGAUCAGAACAAAUUCUGGGGUGAAAAUCAUUAUUGGAUUUUGUCGGCCGGAAAGGAUUUACCAUCAACGUCUCGAACGUCAGUUACGGUUCUCGUGAGGGAUUGACCCGCCGAACCAGACAGCUUCAAGAUGGUGCCUCAGUGCAAGUCCUUCGUUCUCUUCCUCGUCCGCAUCGGGCUCCUCCUGGGGCUGGCCAACCCCCUGGUCACCUCGGCUUCCUGCCCCUUAUCCUGCCGUUGUGAUGGCACCUUCAUCUACUGCAACGACCGCGGCCUGACCUCCAUCCCGCUCGGCCUACCCCUGGACUCCACAGUACUCUUUCUGCAGAACAACCGCAUCAAAAGCUCCGGCAUUCCCACAGAGCUUCAGAGGCUGGUUAAUGUGGAGAAGAUCUACCUGUACUGCAACAACCUGGACGAGUUCCCAACUAACCUUCCGCUGGGCGUCAAAGAGCUCCACCUUCAGGAGAACAACAUUCGGAUGAUCACUCACACCUCCUUGUCCCAGAUCCCCUACAUCGAGGAGCUGCACCUGGACGACAACUCGGUGUCGGCGGUGAGCAUCGAGGAGGGCGCGUUCAGGGACAGCAACCACCUCCGGUUGCUGUUCCUCUCCCGGAACCACCUGAGCACCAUCCCUCCAGGCCUGCCCAUGACCAUCGAGGAGCUGCGCUUCGACGACAACCGCAUCUCCUCCAUCUCGGAGCAGUCCCUGCAAGACCUCAUCAACCUGAAGCGGCUGGUUCUGGAUGGUAACCUGCUGAACAACCGUGGGAUCGGGGAGAUGGCUUUCAUCAACCUGAUCAAUUUGACUGAGCUCUCGCUCAUGAGGAACUCUCUGACGUCUCCUCCGGCGAACCUGCCUGGAACUAGUUUGGAGAAGUUGCAGCUGCAGGAUAAUCACAUUAACCGGGUUCCGCCUGGGGCUUUUGCCUUCCUCAGGCAACUGUAUCGGCUGGACUUGUCUGGGAACAACCUGAGCAGCCUCCCGCAGGGCGUGUUUGAAGACUUGGACAAUCUCACACAGCUCCUGCUGCGCAACAACCCGUGGCAGUGCACGUGCAGGAUGAUGUGGGUGCGUGACUGGCUACGGUCCUUGCCCACCAAGGUGAAUGUACGCGGCUUCAUGUGCCAGGGCCCUGAUAAGGUCAAGGGCAUGGCCAUCAAAGACCUUUCCACAGACAUGUUUGAUUGCACCGACACGGAAUUCAGCCCGACCUACGAGACGAGCACGGUCUCCAACACUUUCCCCCCCUCUCAGCCGCAGUGGCCCAUAUACGUGACUAAACGGCCCGUGGUGAAGGGCCCAGGCAUAAGUAGGAACUACCACAGCACCACCACGUCCUCGGGCAAGAAGAUGAUCACCAUCAGUGUGAAAUCGACCAGUGUGGACACGGUGCACAUCUCUUGGAGGGUGUCGCAGCCCAUGACCGCGCUGCGACUCAGCUGGCUGAAGCUGGGUCACAGCCCUGCCUUCGGAUCCAUCACGGAGACCAUAGUGCAGGGGGAGACAACAGAGUACCUUCUCACGGCGCUGGAGCCAGAUUCUUCCUAUAGGAUAUGCAUGGUUCCCAUGGAGACCAGCAACAUUUACCUGUCUGACGAGAAGCCUGUGUGCAUCGAGACAGAGACUGGCUCCCAGAAGUCCUACAACCCCACCACCACGCUGAACCGGGAGCAGGAGAAGGAGCCUUACAAAAAUACCAGUCUGCCUUUGGCUGCUAUCAUUGGAGGGGCUGUGGCUCUCUUGGCAAUAAUUAUGUUGGCGCUGGUGUGCUGGUACGUCCACCGGAACGGUUCCAUCUUUUCCAGGAACUGCACCUACAACCAUGGUCGUAGGAGGAAGGACGACUAUGCAGAGGCGGGCACCAAGAAGGACACCUCCAUUCUGGAAAUAAGGGAGACUUCCUUUCAAAUGAUCCCUAUAAACCACCUGCCUGUGUCCAAGGAGGAGUUUGUGAUACACACGAUCUUCCCGCCCAACGGCCUGAGUUUGUACAAAAGCCCAAACAGCGAUAACAGUAUUAACAACAGGAGCUACAGAGACAGUGGAAUACCAGAUUCAGAUCACUCCCACUCAUGAUAUUACGCGUGGACAUUCGUACUCGAGUGCGUAACGUAAAAACAGAGUGAAAAGACUUCUACAAACACACUGGAUCUAUAAGACUAAGAAAGCAAUGUUCUGUACAUUUGCCAUAUAAUUUAUAUUUAAGGACAUUUUAUGAAGAUGAAGAACGUUCCAAUUGCAGGCCACUGGUUCAUCAGUGAGUGUUGUAACUAACUGCAAUUCUAUAUUUUAGGAAUUUGUAGUAAUUUGUACUGUAUUUGCGUUGCUUAAGGUUACCGACCAACUAAAAAGAAACUCUGUUCUACUGAGAUAUGAUGACUUGUCAACUGUGAAAGUGGGUUUUCAUUGCUGUGUUGAACAAUCAGACUUAGAAAACCUUGUAGUAUAAGCACAGGUCAUAUUCUAACUUUGUGACUGUUGGUAAAACAAAAAGGCAAAAAAAAAAGAAAUGACAUAAAAUAAGGCACAUCUGAUCAAGUAAUAGGCUAAGCGGGCAUGCUGCUUACCUACAGGCUUUGCAGACGGUAGCUGUGCCCCAGAGACAAAAUAAAUGUUAAUUCUGGUAAUCUAGUAUUAAAGUGGGAUUGGGGAGAAAAGACCCACAGAGACGAGGUGCUUUCGUUCUGUUUUUUUUCCUAGUGUGUGAAGUAUUCCUUUUCUGAUUGUAAGAAGCGGACGUGUUUCAGCGCGGUAACCCGCGUGGGGUUUACCGUGGUGUUCCAGAACGGCCUGUGAGCCACAGCACAGGGUGAAUAAAGCACACCACAACCCAAGAAACUCUCUCUCUGCUUCUCAAUUAUAAGUAGAGUCAAAAGACUGACACAGGACUCCGCCCCACUAUCUAUUUGUACAAGCCAAACAAAAGGCCAAACCACAAUGGUGACAUUCUUUAGUACCGUGUACCAUGCGUCACUUUAGACACCCGGGCAGAGAAAGUAAAAGCUUGUUGGCUUUCAUUAGAACACCACAGUGUCAGCGACUCCUUGUUAUAAGUAUUAUUUUUUCUUAUUAUUUACAAUUUCACACUUUUACGUUGCCACAGUUUAAAAAUUAAUUGUUCUUUACAAUGGAAAACCAAAGUGCAUUGUACGCCCUUUGGCCAGUCUUGUAUGUGCCUUGAUCCAAUGCUUAUUGUAUUUAGCUUUUUAAGAAACCAGUGACUUUUUUCAUACACACUUGAAUAUGAGAGAUAUUGGUCAUAUUGCAGAAUAAAAGUGGACAAAAAUUA